AUGAAGUCCAAAUUAACAGAUGAAGAUAAAAUCGAUAUUAUCAACAAUCUUAAUAUUAAGAUUGGGAGUGAUAUAAAUAAUUUAGCAGAUGCAAUUGAUGUUGAAGCAGAGUUAUUCCGCAAAAAGAAAUAUCUUCAAAGCUGUUUAAAUGUAGCAAAUGACGAAGUCCCAACGAAACUGUCAUCAACCCUUAAAAAGGCGGAACAUAAUUCAAAACAAAUUCAAAAUCUCAAAAUUAAAAGUGAACAGCUAAAGUUGAAAGUUGAAGAUUUUCUAAGUAGAACCAAACCCUUGAGAACAGAACUUGAUAAACGAUUUUCUGCUAUCAGCAAGCUAGAAGGAGUGUUACUAUACUUGAAGUCCUUUGAAAAAAUUGAUGAAUUGAGUUCCCAGAUGAAGCAAUGUACUGAUGAUGAGCAAUUAGUUCAACUUUACGGAGAGUUAAAAGUUAUGUGCAGUCAGUAUAGUAAAGGACAUCAAGCUGCUUACUUGAAAGAAUAUACACACUAUUGGCAUAAUGUUUUGAAGGAUAGUCUCACCAAGCAUUAUGAAGAUGUUUUAAAAUUACUUAAAUGGCCUUUUACUUCUUCAUCUGAAAAUUCUUUACCACCAAAAGAAUUGCUAACAAAAUUUACUAACAUGACCAGAUACCUGUUCCUAAUACAAGAACCAGAAGACUUAAUGUCCAGCGCUAUUUCAGAUGAGUUCAAUAUAGAACCCAAUCCGUGUUUACCUGUGAGAAUUUUACUUCGACCUUUAAAAAAGAGAUUUGCAUUCCACUUCACGGGUGCACGUCAGACGGCGCGCAUAGAUAGACCAGAAUGGUUUUUAACACAAACACUCACUUGGAUAAGAGACCAUCAAACAUUUGUCAAGAACUAUGUGCAACCAGUUGCUGAUAAACUUGAAAUGAAGAGUGUUAACGCUGUGGUGAGUGUUUUGUGCUUUAAACUUCCAAUAAGAAUACAUUUACAAGUCAUAGUAAAAACAGAAUAG